AAUUCUGCGAGCGAACCAAACAAAAGAGAAGCGAACCUUCGUCUGUUGUUUCAUUCACGUUUGUGUCCACAAUGUCCGACGAAGAGGAGGACUAUAUGUCUGAUGCUUUCCUUAAUAAAAUUCAAGACGUGAAGCCAGGAGUCAACAUGGUGAGGAGGGUAAAGGCGGCAAUUAAGAGAGAGGAGAAACACAAAGAAAAGAACAUUCAGAACCGCCAGAAAACCUUCAAGGAGCAGGAGAAAGAAAGCCGGGAAGCAGCUUUACAGACCUCCAUCAGCAAUGACAACAAGGGCUUUGCACUUCUUCAAAAGAUGGGCUAUAAAGUUGGCCAAGGCCUUGGAAGGGAGGGGGCUGGAAGGGUUGACCCAAUUCCACUAAAUGUAAAAGCAAACAGAGAGGGUUUUGGAAUGGAAGAGCUGAAGAAAAGAAAAGCAGAGGAGGAUCUUAACCGUCAUCGUCAGAAAGUGCGAGCCAGUCAACAGAAUGAGGCCAAGUCUCUGGAGGACUUCAGGUCAAGAGUGAGGACGGAGAGAGAGGAGCGAAAGAUCGACGCCGACCUGAGGAGGAGUCAGCGGUCCUGUGAGCAGCUUGACAACCAGAAGGGGAUCACCGUGCCCAGAGAGCCCUGGUACUGGCCCAAAGUCGAAGCUGACAAUGAGGACGAUGCUGCUGAAGAAGAGGAUGAAGACGAGGAAGUCGUGGAACUAACUUCCUUUGAUAAACUUCAAAUUUUAACAUCCUAUUUAAGAGGAAUCCACUUUUACUGCCUGUGGUGCGGGACUGCCUAUAAUGAUGAAGAGGAUUUAUGCUCCAACUGUCCAGGAGACACGGCUGCAGACCACGAAUGAUUUUGACAGAAGGAAAAU